CUGUUUUCUUUGCUCCGCCUCUCUUUCCUCUCCUACUCACUCAGUUUCAUCAGCCAAACCCAAAACCUCUAAUCUGCGGGUUUCAACUUUUGAUUCGCUGGAAGCUCCAAACCUUUAAUGAUGGGCAAGUCACGCUCACGACCGGAAUCGACGUCUAAAGCAGACCUUAAAUUCGAGAAGAAACGCCAGUUUUAUACAAAGGUUAAAGAUACUGUUGCUGCCCUGAGUGCCCAGAAGGCUAUUGGCAAGAAGAAGAAACUUAGAAGCCGACAGAAGAAAUUGAAAGUAUAUGAUCUCUCGACCCUCUCAGAUUUCCUUCCUGAUUUGAAGACCCCACGGCAACCAACUCCUCCUAGAGAUGAGUUGAAGCCAAAUUGUAAAUCUAUGAAAAAGUUAAUCUUGAAGGAAGGAAAACAGCUGAGUACAGUUCUUAAUUAUCCUGCUUUCCAGUUGGAUCCUUUGGCUGCCAUUCAUCAACACCUGCAGAGCACACAACCUGUUAUAGAUGAGAAACCAAAGAAAAAGAAGAAUAAAAAUGGAGGGAGGAAGAAAAAAGCUAAGAAAUCUAAGGCUUCAGAUGGACCUCAAUCUAUGGUUAUGUGAAAUAAACUUUUGUCAAUCUACUUCUAUAAGCCAUAUUUGCUCAGAUCUGAUCCUGAAUCAUUCCAAUACACAUUUUGAAUACGAAAUAUGUUCACCUGGUUAACAACCCUAUCUGGGUUUAUUUUGUUUCAAUAUCCGAGAGAUGCUCUUAGUCCGAUCAAUGUAAUUUUUUCUCCCUUUGAUAAUUAGCUUUAUCAAUCUGCUUCUAUAA